AAGUUUGGAUAAUGGAAACCAUGGUUCAGACAAGAGCUUUGGUAUGAAGCGGAGGCCUGAUGGUGACAUUGAGAUAGAUGAGAAAUUCUGGGAGGAGGAUUUUAGUGCCAAAAAUAUGGUGGGGGUGCUUAAACCAGAUGAAGUUUCGUGAAUGUUCUUUGAGAGGUGGCUGCAUAUCUUUCCUACAAAAAGGCCAUCAAAGAAUAGAGCAAUUGCCCCAUGAUAACAUAGUAAUUGACCGUUGACUGCCCUUCAUCUUCUUCUCAGAAAGUCAUUUACAUUCAACUCCUUUUCUUCGCCAUAUCUGCAAAGAACCAUCACUGUGACAAGCAAUCCCAUCUUAGGCUUUAGUUCGCUGGCCCGCCAUUCCGUCAUAUAGCUGCUCUCAACUCUCAGAGCAAUCCACUCCCAUUUAGACAUUUUCACAAACGCACCCGAGGCCAGACCUUCAUGCUUGAAACUGAGAACGGAAAAUUCAAGCACUCUCCAUGGAGGCCGAGUCUUCACUGUUCGAGAGCAGCGAGAUGCUGGCAAGUUUCCUGGCGUCAACACCCUUCUUGGAGGAGUCGUGGAGGCUGUGCAGCUUUGCGAACUCCACUGCUCCGAGGAGCUUUGUGGUGGACCAAUGUGGAGAGGUUGGGUACCUGGCGUUCUCAGGCGUCCAGGAGAUUGAUGGUUCCUAUCCGAGCUGUGGGACCCUGAUGCCGCUGGGCGAGUGUGGAUGCAAGGAUCUGUUCUCGCUGUUGAGUUGCGACAGCAAUAGUGAGGGGACAGUCAAGGUGGACGCCGGAUUUGUCCGUCUCUUCUUGGGGUUUUACCAGCAAGAGGAUUUCCAAAACCAGAUUAAGGAAUUUCUGGCUAGAGUUAAGGUGAUUAUCCUCACUGGCCAUUCCUUUGGAGCAACAACCGCAUCUCUCACUGCUCUUUGGCUCCUCUCCCGUCUACAGCCCAUUGCUUCUCCCAUCUCAGUCCUCUGCCUCACCUUCGGCACUCCCUUGCUUGGCAAUGAGUCCCUUUGCCGAGCCAUUCUCCGAGAAAGAUGGGGCGGGAGCUUCUGUCAUGUUGUCUCGAAGCACGAUGUAGUACCGAAACUGUUCUUCGCUCCACUAACCUCCUUGACUCCUCAACUGCACUUGCUGCUUCAGUUUUGGCAAGUCGCUAUGGCUUCACCCAUUUUAGACCAGUUUGUUGGAGAACUGCGAAAACAAAAUUUCGAUGAAUUCUUCGGCAACAUCAAGGCUUGCAUUAAAGAUGCUGCACAAUCAGAAGGAGUGAAGAACAGCUUGUAUUGGCCAUUGGGUAGCUACCUAUUCUGUUCAGAAGAGGGAGCAAUCUGCCUGGAUAAUGCAACAUCUGUUGUUAAGAUGAUGCAUUUGAUGCUCGAGAUAGUCUCUCCAGCUUCCAGUUUUGAGGAUCAUCGAAAGUGUUUUCUGGAUCAUCUGAAGUAUAGGUAUUAUACAACACUACUUUCUUUGCAAUUCCGGAAAAGGAUAAACAUCAAUGGCCUCUCCGAGUCAAGCUACGAAGCUGGUGUCUUCUUGGCAUCACAAUCCUUAGGAAUAGAUCCACAGGAUAACAAUAUUUCAGAACCAGCUAAAGAUUGCCUGCAGAUAGCUCGGCACAUGGGACGUGCACCGAACCUGAAUAAUGCUCAUCUAGCUAUUAAAUUAUCUAAGAUAACGCCCUGCAGGGCACAACUUGAGUGGUACAAGACACGCUGCGACGAGUCCGUGGAUCAACUUGGGUAUUACGACACAUUCAAGAAUAUUGCAGCAUCCAGGAGGGAGUCCACAGUCAACAUGAACCUGUUCAGACUCGGCGCGUUCUGGGAUGAGGUCAUACGCAUGGCAGAACGGAAUGAACUCUCACACGAUUUCCACCGCAGGUCCAAGUGGAUCAAUGCAUCCCAUUUCUACAUGCUCCUCGCCGAGCCAUUGGAAAUCGCUCGGUAUUACCGUCGUGAUAUGCACAAGGAGAAAGGACAUUACAUCAAGCAUGGAAGGAAUAGUAGGUUCCAGAUUUUGGACAGAUGGUGGAAUCGAAAGGUUGCUCUUGCGGCACAAGAACUCCAACAAAAUAACAAUAAAAUGAGUAGGAGUCGGUAUGCAAGCUUGACUCAAGAUUCUUUGUUUUGGGCAAAGGUGGAGGAAGCGAAGGACUGGCUCGAGAAGGCAGAAGAGGAAAAGGACCCGAAUAAGUUGGAACCACUUUUAAAGAACUUGAACAGUUUUGAAACGUACGCAAAGGAGCUAGAUGCGAAGAAGGAGUUAUCUAUAGAUGUUCUGGCUAAGAAGUCAAGUUACACAUUAUGGGCUGAGAAAUGGGAAGCUUUCAAGUCGAAGUUCCCACAGCCACCUUCUGCGCCUGCUCUGAGUGGAAUGGAUUGUGAUUAAAGAAAAAUGGGAAAAUUAUCUAAGAUAACGCCCUGCAGGGCACAACUUGAGUGGUACAAGGCACGCUGCGACGAGUCCAUGGAUCAACUUGGGUAUUACGACACAUUCAAGAAAUUUGCAGCAUCCAGGAGGGAGUCCACAGUCAACAUGAACCUGUUCAGACUCGGCGCGUUCUGGGUUGAGGUCAUACGCAUGGCAGAACGGAAUGAACUCUCACACGAUUUCCACCGCAGGUCCAAGUGGAUCAAUGCAUCCCAUUUCUACAUGCUCCUCGCCGAGCCAUUGGAAAUUGCACGCCAUUACCGUCAUGAUAUGCACAAGGAGAAGGGACAUUACAUCAAGAUGGAAGGAAUAGGAGGUUCCAGAUUUUGGACAGAUGGUGGAAUCGAAAGGUUGCUCUUGCGGCACAAGAACCCCAACAAAAUAACAACAAAAUGAGUAGGAGUCGGUAUGCAAGCUUGACUCAAGAUUCUUUGUUUUGGGCAAAGGUGGAGGAAGCAAAGGACUGGCUUGAGAAGGCAGAAAAGGAAAAGGACCCGAAUAAGUUGGAACCACUUUUAAAGAACUUGAACAGUUUUGAAACGUACGCAAAGGAGCUAGAUGCAAAGGAGUUG